CAUUUAUCAACUAUCAAAAUGCUGGUUUCUCGAAGGUUAAAAGUUUAUCGAACGCAAAAAUGAGGCAAAAUGCGAUGGGAAAGAAAGUUUGCUGUUUCUGGUUGUCAAUUUCAGCACUUUGAAGAUACGUUGGUCUCCAGGGGAUGGUUUUAAUCCAAUCGAAGAGGAUUUUUUGUCAAUUCGGUGGUCUAGAGUAUUGUUUACACUAACAGCAAAUUGUUUAGAAUCAUAUAUGCCUAAGACAUGGCGCAUGGUUUGUGGCUACUCUGCCUGGUUUUAUGGGCUGCUCUUUUUACCGAAAGACCUGCACAUGGUAAAAGGAUACAUAUUCAUCCUUCAGUAAAACCGGGAACUCAACUUGUAUCGCUGGCCGAUAAAGAAAGGACGAAUUAUAGGCUGAGUUUUUCACGAAAGGCAAACAUUCUUCGCGAAUUUAUCGCUAUCAAUCAACUGACUGGAAUUGUUACUUUACACCGUCAGAUAACUUGUGGUAUUUUUCAUAACAAAGUGUUUGUAGUUACAGUACAAUCUAUAAGCGUGAAUCCUCCUAAAUUAUAUUUUUGGGAGCCAAUUUUAGUCACUUUACAUAACAGACGCGGUUGUCUAGAUGUUCAAAAAGCUAAAAUGAAUUCCAAUAACGCUGGUCAUAUGCAAAUUUCCGCUUUUAAAACCGAUGUUGUAUCUCGUUUUAAUAAAUCCAGUGGGAAUUUUUUAAGAAGUAGGCUAAAAGACAGUUUAGGUCCUAAAAAUUAUUUUUCCGAUCAUUUGUACCAGUUGGAUAGAAGAACUAACUUCGGGACAUCUCACAAGGACAAACGUGAUGCGAGUCAAGUCUAUUUAUUAUCGGGCAUUAAUGGAUACCAAAACAGACAAGGAAAAACUGAUUAUUUAACAAGGAUUAAACGGAAUGCUAGGAAUACUGCGCCAAAAUUCAAAAAUCCCUUUGAAUCAGUCUCUAUUCUUGAAAAUGUGAAUGUUUCAACCCUUGUGUAUACUGCAUCUGUCUCAAACAGUUACUUGGUUGGCAAACUUGUUUAUACUAUGAAGCCCACAGGAAAUAUUCGUAGUGGAGAUUUCUUUGUGAUCAAUGCAGGUACAGGGGAAAUUAGGACUAAGGCUUCACUAGAUCGUGAGAGCAUGUCAGAGCACCAAUUCCGAGUAACAGCUACUGUUAAGCGUAGUCAAACAUUACAAGCAAGUAUGGAUUUAACGAUAAAGAUAUUGGAUGUAAAUGACCAUGCCCCAGUAUUUGAUAAAAAAGUUUACAGAGAAAAUAUAUCAGAAUUGGAGGAUAGUGGUUCUACUGUAUUGGUUGUUCGUGCAUAUGACUUAGAUUCUGGGUUAAAUAAGGAUGUUCGAUAUAGUAUUGUCUAUCACAGUGGUAAGAACAGAGUAUUUGUAAUUGGUGUUACCUCUGGUAUUAUAAAGGUCGAUGAUGAUUUAGAUCGUGAGAAAGUUCCUUCUUAUCAUUUGAAAAUCAAGGCUGAAGAUCUUGGUACACCUCGACAAAGUUCCACUGUUGAUGUCUUCAUCAAUCUCAUUGAUGAAAAUGAUUGUAUUCCUAAAUUUAAUGAAACCUUAUAUACCUUCUCUGUUAAAGAAAACAGUGCUAGGGGUACUUUUGUUGGAACAACCAAUGCAACAGAUUGUGAUAUUGGCUUGAACAAAAAAAUAAAAUAUAGUAUAACCUCUGGAAAUGAAGACCAAGCUUUUCAAAUUGUUAUGAGUUCAGGUGUCAUUCGUGUUCACGGUUCCUUAGACUACGAGACCAAUUCAUUAUACAUGCUUCAAGUCAUGGCUGAGGAUUCUGGAGACAGCCCAGAAUAUAGUGAAGUGUGGGUAAAUAUUGAUGUCACAGAUGUUAAUGAUUGUCCACCAGAGUUUACAAAGAGCAACUACCAUUUCAGUGUUUCUGAAAGUGUAGGUCUUAACCAUCUUGUUGAAACAGUUCAUGCAACUGACUGUGAUUCCGGUAAGAAUGCUGAAGUAGAGUAUUUCUUAAAAAACAAGAAACUACCAUUUAAGAUUGGUUUAACAUCUGGUGAAAUUAAAACAACUGCCAAGCUAGACAGAGAAACUGUGCCAAGCUAUCAAUUUGAAGUAAUAGCACAAGAUAAAGGUGAGAAGCCUUUAAAGAAGCCUGUCAAUGUGUAUAUCACUAUUAGUGACAUCAAUGAUAGUCCACCCAAGUUUGAAAAAGACAGGUAUAAUGCUAGUAUUGAUGAGAAAUACAGAUCUCGACGACCAUUUCUUACAGUGGUUGCGAAGGACAAAGAUACUAUUGGCCAGAUUAAGUAUUCCUUAUUAGAAGAACCUGAUAAUUGUUUUGCAAUAAACUCUUUUGGUGGUAUUACAAAACGGAGAACUUGUCAGUUGAACUACAGGAUAAAAAGAGUUUAUUAUUUCAAAGUGGAAGCAUCAGAUGGCAAGCAAAGUUCAUCAGCUCAAGUCAUUGUGAGAAUACAAGACUCAAAUGAUAAUGCCCCAGUGUUUACAAAAUCUCGCUACACUGGUGAAAUUUAUGAGAAUGAGACUUCUGGCACAAAUAUUGCAAAGGUAACAGCAACUGAUGAUGAUUUUGGUAAAAAUGCAGAAAUAACUUAUUCUAUUCUUGGUGGUAGUACAAUUUUUAAAAUCAAUCCAGGCAAUGGUGUGAUAACAAACCUAGUUAUGUUAGACAGAGAGCAUACAUCAAAGUACAAACUGAAGGUUGUAGCUACUGAUAAUGGCAAAAGAAGUAAAUCUGGAAGAACGCGUGUUGAUAUUACUGUUAAAGAUAUUAAUGAUAAUCCACCAAAGUUUGACCAGUCUCUGUACAUGGUAGAGGUGUUUGAGAAUGUCCCAGUUGGUAAACUGGUUAAACAAAUUCAAGCUACUGAUGCAGAUGAGGGUGUAAAUAAACAAAUAUCAUAUUCUCUUGAGGCAAAAGGUAACAUCAACAAUGCUUUCAAAAUUAACAACGAUCUUGGUGAUAUUACAGUUAAUCAGAAAUUAGAUAGAGAAAUCAUACCAGAGUAUACUUUGACUGUGGUAGCAACAGAUCACGGAGAACCAGCGCAACGAUCUUCAACUAAAGUUAAGGUAACUUUGAAAGACAUCCUAGAUAGCCCACCGAAGUUUAUAAAACCUCGCUACGUUGUCAACAUUCCCGAAAACUAUCCUGUUAAAAAAGAACUGGUUCGAGUUAAAGCUGUUACUCAAGAUAUUCUGAAACAUGCUAAUAUUCAAUACGACAUCACUGGUGGUAACUAUGACAACAUGUUUACCAUCUUGGGCACGACGGGUAGCAUCGAAUUAGUGAAAUCAUUAGACUUUGAGAGCAAAACUGGCUAUCUCUUGACGGUUCAAGCAAUGUAUGCCACCUUUUUAGCCUCAGCGGAAGUGGAGAUAAAUGUGAUAGAUGUUAAUGAUAUGAAACCAAUACUUAAGCAAAAUUUUGAGAUUUUAAUCAACAUUUUAGAAGGUCAGUUUCCGUCUAACAUCAACUUCAGAAUACCAGCAUACGAUCCGGACAAAAGCUCAGUACUUUCAUAUGAAAUCACUUUAAAAAACGACCGGGCCAAAAAUGCUGUAAUUGUGGACAAGAAUACUGGAAUUUUAAGUAUAAAAGAGUCAGCUCUUGCGAAUACAAAUCGAAUUCCUUUUAAAGUUCGGAUAUCUGAUGGGGUUCAUACCAUAUCCAGAGAUGGCAGUAUCAACCUCAAUAUUAUCACGGAACGCUUACUUCAAGCCAGUGUUACUGUUUACUUCAAGAAUGCGACAACUUCGAAAUUUUUUGAAGUUUUGCAUAAGUUCAAGUCAAUAUUGGGGUCAAUUUUUGACGUUGAUGAAAGAAAUGUUAUUGUGUUUUGUGUCGUGAACUCUACAAGAAUCCACAAUGAUUUUUUAGACGAAAUUGGAGUUGUGACCAUUGUGAAUAAUUAUCUCACUCUAUGGUUAGCUGUUAGAAGUGAAAAAGGAUUUGUUGAUGGAAAAUUAGUUUUGGAGAAAUUGCAUUUUUACGCAAAGGAACUUGAAGUGGAAACACAAAUGACUCUACUGCCUUCAGAUAAAGAAAUAAAAAAAGGGAAAGAUUCAAGUCACUAUUUGCUUGUGCAAGAACCAUUUACUUCAAAAGAUAGUUACUUCAUUAGUAUGACAAAUAAGAGCUUUGCAGACAGCCCAGGUCAAUUGCUCAUCACUCCUAGUGCCGUAUUCUAUGGUGUCAAAGUCAAAGAGGUCUUCAAACCAUUUUGUCCAGCAGGCUUCUUUGGUACUUCGUGUAAUUUUCGGUUAGACACGUGUUAUUCGAGCCCUUGUCUGAAUAGAGCAAAAUGUAUCAACUACGAGGGAGGAUACUAUUGCGCAUGUGCAGAAAAUUUCGUUGGCAAAAAUUGCGAAAUAGAUAUGAGAAAAUCUCGAUGUUCAAGUUUGCCAGAUAACAUCUGUCAGAACCAAGGAAAAUGCAAAGACGAUCCAAAGCAAGGUUUUCAAUGUCUGUGUGAGAAUGGCAACCAUCUCGAACAAUUGUGUCGUGUAACUACAAGAAGUUUUGAAAAUGGUUCAUUUGCUGCAUUUUCAGGUUUAAGCCAACGAUGGUUCAUUGAUGUUUCCUUGGAAUUUGCAACUGUAUCAAGUAACGGUGUCCUUGUGUACGUCGGUCGUUAUGGGUACGAAAACGACACUAUGGCACUCGAGCUUCGGAAUGGUAAACUUUAUUAUGUUUUCUCUGCUGGUGAUGAUAUAAAAACAGUCAGUGUUGGGCCAGCUGAGGGAGAAAGUAUUGUGAAUGGAAAAUGGCACAAAGUUUCGAUCUCUUAUCAACAGCGGACUGGCGCUCUUGUUCUGGGAAAGAAUUGCAAAUCUUCUGUUGCUGUCAAAUUUGGCAACCAAGUUGGAAGGUUUUCUUGUGCUGCGGCAGACAAACUAAAUGGGAAAUUAAGAUCCAUGGAUCUGACCUCGCCACUUGUUCUUGGUGGACUUUCCGUCACGCCCACCAGCUUCCCAAUCCAAGGAAAAAGUUUCAAUGGCUGCAUUCGUAAUGUGAGAUUAAAUCAUGCACCGCUGGAUCUGGGUGAUCCAAUAUUCAACCAGAACUCUAAAAUCGGUUGCAAUCGAAAGAAAGAUUUCUGUACAGACGAAUCUUGUACUCAAAAUGGAAAGUGUGCAAGUUCCUGGGAGAAGGCGACAUGUGUUUGUCAAGAGAAAUAUGCUGGGAAAAAAUGUGAAAUAGAAACUUCGCCCCUGGAUUUUACUUCCAAAAGUUACCUUGUUAACAAACUGGAGAGCACAGUCGUUAAACAAAUGUGGAGAAUGGCUGUUAUGUUUAGAACAGUGCACAAAGCUGGAACGAUAAUGGAGCUUGUUUUUCUCAACAAUACAUCGUCGUUGAAGCUUCAAGACGGAGGCAUCCACUAUUCUCACAAUACAAACAGCAGUCUAUUUAACCUAAAAAGCAAUAAUAUUAUCCUCGAUGAUGGUAAUUGGCAUCACGUGGAUAUCACGUCAUCCAUGAUGUCAGUCUACAUGAUAAUUGAUCACGUGCAUAAAGUUAAAGCGAGCAUCUCAAGGGUGACUAGCGAUAGCUUGCUACAGGUCGUCCUAGGUGAUACGGCGAAAUCAGGGAAUGGUUUUAUCGGUUGCAUCAAAGGAGUAAUGAUUGGCGAUUCUCAUUUGAACUUUUCUUCUGCAACAACUUACUUGGUCACAACUGGAUGUAGUUCAAAAGCUCAGUGUCAGUCGCACUCCUGUCCUAAGGAAAGUAUUUGUCAGGAGGGGUGGGGAAAGACGUCCUGUGUUUGUCGGAAAGGUUAUGUCGGGAAUGAUUGUCGAGAUAUCUGUACCCUGCGCCCAUGUCAGAAUGGUGCUACCUGUCAGCGGACUAAUGAUGAUGUCGGAUUUAGGUGUAUUUGUCGAGAUAAAUAUUUAGGUCAGUUCUGCGAGACACGAAGUCAAUUACCGUGCCGUGAUGAGUUUUUUAGCGCAUCGGACAGUGGUACUUGUGGACCAUGCAACUGCGACCUUAGAUUGGAGUAUAAUCCUGUUUGUAAUAAAACAACUGGCGAAUGUUACUGCAAGGAUAGUUAUUAUCGCCCGAUUUUGAGCAGUGGAAAGCUGGACGAUGUUUGUGAACAGUGCAGGUGCGAUGACCUGGGAAGUGCGAAUCAAAUGUGUGAGCCAAUAGGAGGACAGUGUCCCUGUUUACCCGGCGUUAUCGGUCGUGAAUGUGAUAUGUGCCAGGCGAAACAAGGAGAAAUAACACAGAGUGGAAAAGGAUGUAAAAUUAUCAACACGUCGUGUCCAAGAGCAAAGGCUGAAAGAAUUGUUUGGCCGAGGGAGAGCUUUGGCGUGGUUUCUGUGCAGAAGUGUCCAUUUGGCGCAGAAGGAACUGCAAAAAGGCUUUGUGCUUUCGGUACAGGCUGGGAAGAACCUGAUCUUUUAAACUGUACAUCAGCAGGUUUUCUUGCCAUCAUUAAAUUGUUGAAGCAUUAUGGAAACCUUUCAACGCAGACGGCGAUUAUAGUUUCUCGUAAGCUGUGGAACAUGUUCUCCGUGAAAGAAUUUUAUCAAAAGGACGUCGCUUUGGGGUGUAAAAUUAUUAUGGCCUUACUGGAUUUCGAGAGUAACCAGGUGGAAGACAAGUUAGCCUCCUCUCAGGAUAAGAAAUUUUUGGAUAUAAUUUUGAAGGCCAUAAGUAUCUUUGUGGAUCCAAAAUACACUAAAGGAUGGUCAUUGAUAGACGAGACUCCACCAGCAACUGUGUCAUUGAUGCGGCAAUUGGAGAGCUUUGGUAUCAGUCUUGCUAGUAAUAUGGUUUAUAUAAAGAGAAAUAAUCGAGAAAAGCGAUCAACCUCCAGCUUACCUUCUUACAAUAAAGUCGAAAAACAUUUGCUCAUGCAGUUGGAACCAGUUGAUCCGAAAAGUUUCUCUGGUUUACAAUUUCCUCUGAAAGAACACGAAUCGAGUCUGUUGUCAUCAGAGCAGUGGAGGAACACGAGCAACCGAGUUAAUAUUCCAGAAUCUUUAUUUCGUAAUCAUGGAGCUCCAAAGAAUGAAUCUGCAAUUGCCUUCAUUGCCUUAAAAUAUCUUGGAGAUCUGUUGCCAUAUUCAUUUGACACAAAAGCGAGUUUUAGCGAUCUCUCGUUGGAUGUUAACUCUGACGUCAUAAUAGUUGGAAUCAAGGGAAUGGAGUCUAUUUAUCUUCAAGAACCAAUCACAAUUGAGUUCGAAAUCCAUGAGGUGAAUCGAUCAAAAUAUGAUUGUGUUUUUUGGAAUUAUUCUGUUGCUGGUGAGCAUGGUGGUGGCUGGUCGAGGAAUGGUUGUACCAAAGCUCCCAGUAAUUUCACGCACACUGUUUGCAAAUGUCAUCAUUUGACUUCGUUUGCUGUUGUAUCAGAUCUCACGAUCCAGAUCCCAGUGAUUUCGCCGUAUAAAAUUAGAAUCGUCACAUAUAUCGGUGUGGCUAUUUCCUUGGUGAUAUUAUUGGGCGCCAUUAUAACAUUUACUUGUCUGAGUGGUCUAAAUUCCAACACGAACAACAUACACAGAAACAUGGUGUUGGCAAUUGUGAUUGCUGAAAUAGUGUAUGUCCUUGGAAUAAACAGAACAUCCAAUCAAUUAAUUUGCAGAUUUAUCGCAAUUAUUCUUCAUUAUUUCUUCGACGCCGUGUUUGCCUGGAUGUUUGUCGAGGUCGUACAUAUGUAUCGCAGGCUUACGGAGAAGAGAGACAUUGAUUCGGGACAAAUGACAUUUUAUUACUUUCUUGGGUGGGGAUGUCCUGCGAUCGUUGUGGGUCUAUCAACUGGAAUGGCUGUCGAAGGAUAUGGUAAUCAGAAAUUCUGCUGGAUGACGACGGACGGAACGUUGAUUUGGACAUUCACGAUUCCAAUUGCUAGUGUGAUAUUUGCCAACGUGAUUGUGUUUCUCAUGGCUUUGCGCUUGUCCGUCGAAAAAGCGCGAAGAAAACGGAAACAUUACACGUAUAAUCCAAAGAAUGUUAAUGUUACCAGUGUACACAAGAAUGCAUUAAAAAUCAAAUAUGCUCUGAAAGUUGGCGCAAUAUUUCUUCCUGUUCUCGGAAUAACUCUGACAUUUGGAGUCUUGGCUGUCAAUCAGGAUCUGUUGAUAUUCCAUUAUCUUUAUGCUAUAUUGUGUUGUUGUCAGAGCCUGUUUGUACUGCUUUUUUACGUUGCUUUCGAUCCAAAGGUACGUGAGGAAUACAAAAACGCUUAUAUCCGUUGGAGGACUGGAGACAAGACCUACGGCAGACCAAGGAGACGACGGCUUUAUGAAAUGUCAUACCAUCCUGGUAGCAACCUGGCUGGUGAGGAGGGUUAUGGUUUGAAAGGAAUGAAUCCAGAGACGACAUCAACAGAUCGUUCAACCAGCACCUUGCACAGCAUGAGCAAAACAGAUCCAUUUAGUACCUUCCCUGAGGAUGACAGUGAGUCUGACUACAAGGAAAUAAAGAAACGAAAGCCUCGCAAGGAGGAUCCGAUUGAUAUGGAAUCAGCAGCAAAAAUGUGGAACGCCCCAGAGAAGUCAGAAGUAAGCACAACCCAACCAGAGUCUUCGGAUUCCUCCGAUGGUGGUCGACGUCGUGAGACGAUGGUAAUUUCGUCAGAUUCCGGCAGUUCUGGUGAUGAAUCAGGUUCAUGGGAAAAGAAAUCAGAGAAUGGUGUUAACAAGCAAAAAGCGACAGCCCCACUCUACGCGUCAGAUGGACCAAUGCACAGCACUCCAAUGGAACUAGCACAAGAGAAGGAACGAUUAUUGAAGAAAAAACCAAUGACUGAGACACCUGUUGCGACAGUGGAGCCUCUCCCCCGGCCAAAGAUUCUUUCAAUAUUAAAGAACAGUUCAACGCGGGGUAACGAUGCUCCCCAACCUGACCAAUCUUCACCUCAACUAGCAACAAAACCUCUGCCGGAAAUGAAGAAAGCUGGGUCUGAGGCGAGUUCUGGUAGUUCUUUAAGCUCAAUGAGUGAUGAUGAUAAUGACCUAUUAGCCCAGGCAAAGCUCCUCUCACAGUCAACUGAGGGAGGAAUGUCAACGACGUCUAGUUCAGCUAAGAAACGAAGAUCGAGGAAAACACGUGACAUGCAACAUGGCAAGAAAAGUCGCAAUCAUCGCGUGCAUUUUAACAGAAAAAAAUCAAAGAAUCCUGACGAUUCUGGGAAAGAAAAAGUGAGAACUGUUGAGGGUGAAGAAGGAAAGCCUCUAACCGAGCAACAAGUUUGAGAAGAAUGAAACGGGUACCGCGAGCAAUCUCUUAGACUAGUUCUGUUGUCAUCGAGAAAUUAAGCAUGCCUUAUUCAGAUUUUGUAAUAUAUUUAUAAAGUUUGUAAUAUAUAUUAGCCUGAAGAACGUAAGAUUAAUAUAUGAAGAAAAACUCGUAUAUUAAAUAGUGCAAUAUGAAACAAGAUGAACAAUUAGAGUUUGAAGACAAAAUGAAAGUUUGUAAUCAUGAUCAUUUGAUCUGUAUGACUUCAGUUCUUUGUUCAUUUAACGUUUAAUAUAACUUCGACGUUUUUAAAGUAUAAA